AACCCAAAACAACCAGUAACCUACAUACCAGUCAUGUACCAUAGACUACACAUACAGUAGAGGCAACCCACAGGACAUCCAUCCUCCACAAAGGAGAGAGAAGACGACGGAAGAACGAAAAUUACAUUAAGUAGUAGCCGGUAGGAAGGGGAGAAAAAGAGAGGAGAAAGAACAGAUUUAGAUUCAGAAAAGGAAAGGAAACAGAAAUAAAGAUGGCUAAAUUGCUGGUGAAUGGGAUGCCUGUCCAAAUCUAUCUGAUGUUCGUGCUGUUGGCCGCCGGGUCCCAUAAGCAACUUGUCCAUGGAGCAGGUCUGAGGGCAGAAGGGCUGGUAGAGGGCACCACUGAAGUGAUCAGUCACUCUCAGGGGCUCGUGGCACGUCUGGAGAGCCUUCUGGUGCUGGGGAAUGACAGUGACAUUUCUCUGCGUGUGGAAACCGUGGAUGCAGAUGAGGUCAAGGUGAUCCAAGCCCACACGCUGGUGCUGUCACUGCAAAGCCCAGUGUUUGAUGCCAUGCUCAGAAACCGCAAUGGCAGCACGUUAGUUCUGCGAGAAAUGGCGGAAUGUAUGGCUGUGUUUGAGAAAUUCAUCAGAUAUCUGUAUUGUGGUGAGCUCUCACUGCAGUUGGACCAGGCCGCACCGCUGCACAGACUGGCUACCAAGUAUGGCAUUUCCAGCCUACAGCAAGGACUAACCCAGUACAUGAGCCAGAACUUGGCCAGCGAUUCUCUCGGCGAUCAUGUGGUGGGUUGGUUCCAGUAUGCCACGUCGGUUGGCGACACAGUGUUGAGAGACAACUGCCUUCAGUUUUUGUCAUGGAAUCUGUCAUCUGUGCUUCAGAGUGCAGAAUGGCCGUCGGUUAGCGUGGAACUGCUAAUGACCCUGUUGCAGCGCUCUGACCUAGUCCUCAAGAGCGAGCUAGAGCUGUUCGAAGCCCUCGAAAUCUGGCUCACUCGGAAUGACCCGGACAACCUGACUGCCGAGAACGCCCUUCGCCUGGUGCGCUACGCCAUGAUCCCUUCGCGAGAACUCUUUCGCCUUCAACGGCAUUCGCCCAUCCUGGAGCGCCACCACGAGUCAGUGCGCGAUCUGCUUUACAUGGCGUACCAGUUCCACUCGGCCUCACCGCUUCAGUUGGCCAAGUUCUUCGAUGUGAAUUGCAGCCUCUUCGUGCCACGCAACUAUCUCUCGCCCGUAUGGGGCUCCCAGUGGAUCAUUAGUAACCCGGCGCGGGACGACCGCAGCAGCAGUUUCCAGAUGCAGUUGGGCCCCAGUGGUUUCGACUCCAGUAAGCGAGUGACGUGGAACGCCCUGUUCUCACCCCGUUGGCUCCCUCUAAGCUUGCGGCCCAUGUACACAGAACAGGGUGCCAUGCAACCACUGCGCACUGAUGGAGGAAACGGUGCCGGCCAGCCUCGUAUCAUCAUUACACCUGCUACUUCCAGUGCCGAUUUUGCAGGCGUGAGCUUCCAGAAGACUGUGCUCGUCUCGACCAAAAAGCAGGGCAAACUUGUGGUGCGGCAUGUGUUCAGCUUCCACCAAAGCACAGAGGAGGUGGACUUCCUGUCUGAUGUGGACCUGCAGAAUCACACAUCUGAGUACCUGGUGGAUGGAGCGCUGUACUUGCACAUCAUCGUAAAGCCCAUAUACCAGACAAUCACAGCAACCAAGAAAUGAUAUAAAAGAAAUGCAUUGAUGCAUUUGGAUGACGGUUUAGCAUCAUGCUUCAGCAGUUGGUCUACAGAAAACACAGUUAGGAUGUAAAUAUAUGUUCAUGGUUUAGAAGGUCAAUGCAAUAUUAAAAUGCAACACAAUAAGAGGAGAUGUGUUCCAUCCAUUAUACAUAGUGAGUUAGGGUUUACUGUCAAACAAAGUGUUAAAAAAUUAAACAGUAUGUUUAAUGUGUAAAAAUGGCUUGUGGCAUACAUGUACUAAAUUGAAACAGGCUUUGAUAUACAUUUUGCCUUCAAACAUAAGUCAUAUCACAGUUAAUUUUUCUUCUUUGACAAGGCUGGAAGAAAAAGAAAAAGCAUUUACAUUUUUAGGAAAAUCACAGCAUGCAUGUGCGUGUAACCACAACAUCCUAUGUCAACACUGGUCUCAUUUGUUAAAGACAGAGAACAACUCAGAUUUUAAAUUAGUUAUGCAAAUAUUCACAAUAGUAUUGUGCAUUGUAUACUGUAGACAGUAAUAUUAUUUUUAGUUCACUUUAGAAUAAAAAAGAUUUUACCACAAUUACAACAACUGUUGUAACUUGUUUUUAGGUGCUAAUUUAAAUACAAUGAGAAAUAUCACUCUUUCAAAUCUUGUGCAAAUUUGCAAUGGCAUAAAAUGUUAGUUUAAUGAUUUACAGUAGGCUUUUAUAGUAAUGCUAUGCCACUUAUGUCACUUUUUUCCUUGCCUGUAUGUUUUUUUUUGCAUGUUGGAAUAGACUCUCCUGUGCAACAGGUCAUUAAAUAAAAUAUACUCUACGUUCUUCCACAUUGCACAUAGUUAUUAACCAAACAAAUAAAUACAUGGAUAUAAAAUCAAAUGCAUGAAACAUUAUACCUUGUUACACAACUAAAAAUGGACUCCAAGAUAGCAGAUGAAUGAUUAAAAAGUAUUUUUAUCAUUUAAAUGUAAUUGAAAGUCCUUAAAUAAAUACAUACAUACAUGCAUACAUACAUACAUGGGGUCAAAUGAUUUUAUUACACUCACCUGCACUUUACACACUUCACAUUUAUACCUAUUUAAACCAUGAGCACUAUCUAUUCUCCAAGAGACACAAAAAGUAUAAUUUGCCUAAAAAUAUAACUGAGUAAAAGUACUUAUAAAUAUGAGUACAAAUAUGACCCAUAGAGUUUCUAUUUGCAUUUUCAGUUUCGAUAUAUUACAAUAAAAUACUUUAGCAAUGAACACUCAUGCUUUGAAAUACACACACACACACACACACACACACGCACGCACACACGCACGCACACACGCACGCACGCACACACGCACGCACGCACGCACGCACGCACGCGCACACGCACGCACGCACGCACACACACUCUUGUAUGACAACAGCGCAUGCAGCUCCUCCUGUUUCCCCGGCGCAUACCAUUUACGUGAAACUACCAACCCCAUGAUCCCCUGCGUCGUCAGGCAGGAAGAACGUGUGUUAGCAGGGGCUCGCGCUGAUCCAAGUUAGGAGCUCUCAGCUGCUAGCCUCGGCCCAUCAUGUAAGUGCCUGCCGAGGUUUCUUUUGCAGAACGCUUGCAGAAAUCUCCCCUUCGCGCUUUGCGAAGCGUGCAUUUGAAAUCGUAACAAUUGCACGGAGAAGAACUCACCCGACGGCCAAAGCUUCCGAUUGCAUGAAGAUCGGGGCUUGUUUUUUGCACCUUUGUUGCUGCUUGAAGCCUCGCUGCGAGGGAUAUAUGGAGGGAGGGAGCGAGGAUAGCAAAGUCUUUUGUGCUUCCCCUUCCCCCAAGCCGAAAGAGGAGAUGUCUGGGCCAAAAUCAGGUAA